ACGCAUCGACCGCACUACGUUUCAUCACAUAUCCUUCGAGAUUAUCCAACAGCCAGCAUGCGUCAGGAUUAUACGUUUCAACAACACAGUAGCAUCCCACCACAGAGAUCUCUCGUUCUCAAGCUCUGAAGUUGCGGUCCGAUAGCGCUCCAAAGGCCGUAUACACAUACGCACAGAGAAACAGAAGAGAGAGAGAGAGAGAAUAAAAAAAAAGAGAGAUAAAUGGAAGGAAACAGGAUAGUGGGUGUGGCAGUGGAUUUCUCGACGUGCAGCAGGAAAGCUCUAAAAUGGGCGGUGGAUAACCUGGUCCGCAACGGUGAUCACCUUAUUCUCGUUACCAUACGUCCCGAAGGGAACUAUGAGGAGGGAGAGAUGCAACUCUGGGAAGUCAGCGGUUCCCCUUUAAUCCCUCUACAUGAGUUUUCUGAUCCCGUGAUUAUGAAGAAGUAUGGAGUGAACCCUGAUCCAGAGACCCUGGACAUUGCGAACACUGCUGCGAACCAGAAACAGGUUGUUGUGGUUAUGAAGAUCUUCUGGGGUGAUCCUCGCGAGAAGAUAUGUGAAGCUAUCGAUAAGGUCCCUUUGAGCUGCCUUGUUAUAGGAAACAGAGGGCUUGGCAAAAUUAAGAGGGCUAUAAUGGGCAGCGUAAGCAACUAUGUGGUGAAUAACGGAACCUGCCCUGUUACAGUUGUGAAGCAGACCGACCAUUAAAGGUAGGUCUUUUACUCUGUUGCUCCAUGAGGAAUAAGGCAUAUAGGAUCUCUUUUGCUGAACGGAAUCCUAUCUUCCGUAGGAUCUACCCUACAAAUAAUUGUGUUGCUUGCAACUCUCUGUCAAAUUGGACAAGUUUCCUAGUAUGGAUAUUGAUGAAGUUAGCAUAAGUGAGCACUUACAAUGUAAUCCACUCGUUUUCGCAAUGAGAUUAAUGGUUCUCGGUGUAAUCAUUCCUGCAGAUUCUAAUAUUGCUAAAAUGCUGUUUAAUUUAGCAUUUUAGAAUUAUAUAUUUACAGCUAUCCGUUUGUUUUCA